UUUAGCGCGUAGAUUUUUGUAAAGCAAUUUACUAGACAUUCCUAAAUGCUCAUAUUUCAUAUACCUUGAAGAUAAUCCUUCCAUGUCUGUAGUCCGGUAUUGUUUCAUCUACUUAUAUUUUGACAGGCAGAACAACAACAACAACAACAGACCGGACGUGUGGCCGGCUUAGCUGUGCCGUGAGUUUGAUGGGCCUGAAGCACUAUUACGGCACUAGUGAGGCAUCAGUGGACAGUAGUGGGACGCCAGUAGGAUAGCAUGCCGACAGCCGUGGUCCUGGGCGGCGGGGUCAGCGGCCUGGCCGCUGCUUACUACCUACACAGACUGAGCACAAAGUUUUCCAAGAUUAUCUUGCUGGAGCAUCAGACCCGACUGGGGGGCUGGCUCCACACCACCAGAUACCCAGAUGGGGCCAAGUUUGAACAUGGACCUCGGAGUUUCCGUCCGGCAGGUCACUCUGGUAUCAACACUAUAGAUCUGGUAGAAGAACUAGGUCUGUCAGAUCAAGUCCUGGCCAUGCCAAUGUCACACCCGACAACCAAGUUUCGAUAUAUUUACGUCAGUGGCAGAUGUCAUGCUCUUCCCAGUGGUCUGGGUGGGGUCCUGCGAACUCUGUCGCCAUUCUCCAAGCCCUGGGUGUUUUCACUUGCAUCAGAACCCUUCAGAGCUCGGAGUUCUGAGGAGGACGAAAGUGUUGAUAGCUUUAUCCGAAGAAGACUUGGACCAGAGAUUGCUGAGUAUGCCAUAGACCCGAUGUGUCGGGGGAUAUAUGCAGGGAACAGCAGGGAACUCAGUGUCCGUUCAUGUUUCCCCCCACUGUACAAGUGUGAGUCAGAGGAUGGCUCUAUAGUGAGAGGCAUGCUGUGGCCAUCAAAAGGUAGGCAAAGGCCAGAAAGACGCUCCAAGUUGUCAAAGCGAGCCAGAGAUGAGAGAUGGGCAGCAUGGAGUCUGAGAGAUGGCACAAGUCAAUUGACCGACACCCUGGUCACUCAGUUAUCAGAGGACCCACGGGUGGAGGUGCGUGUUGGGAGUCCCUGUGAGGCAGUCACACCCACAGAUGGCAAACUACAGGUGGUAACACAAGGGGAGACUAUCCAGGCAGACCAUGUUUUCUCUUCACUAUAUGCAGCUGCCUUGUCCAGCUUGUUGCCUGACCAGUUGGUGGAGCUGAAAGCGUUCCUGUCCUCCAUCCCAGCGGUCACUGUUGCAGUAGUCAACCUAGAGUACUCGGGCCACGUCCUACCAGCCCAGGGUUUUGGCCACCUGUUACCUUCCUCAGAAGAUGGGAAGAUGUUAGGGGUUGUGUAUGAUUCUUGUGCCUUCCCGGAGCACGAUCGCCAGGAUAAACCUUCCACAAGACUCACAGUGAUGAUGGGAGGAGCCUGGAUCAGAGAGCUAGUCUCAGAAGUGGGGUCAGAUCUGAAUGAGAACGCCCUCACUUCCCUGGCCGUCAAAGGUGUACAAGAUCAGCUGGGCAUUGUCGACUCCCCAUCUAGGUCUAUAACCAAAGUACAGAGGAACUGUAUCCCUCAGUAUCUGGUGGGGCACUGGCAGAAGCUGGCAGGCAUCCACAGCUUGACAGAGAAGACCAACCUUCCCCUCAGUUACAUCGGCUCCUCCUACCAGGGGGCCAGCGUUAAUGACUGUAUCUACAAUGCUAAGCUGGAGGUAGAGAGGGUGUUGUCAUCUUGAGGUACUUGAUGUCAGCUUAAUACUGGAAUAAGCUGAUAUGGUUCACAUACAACCUAGUUUGUUUUAUUAAGAAAACCUUUCUCUUUACUGCCUCUUGAUAUUCAUCUCUUUUAGUGACAUUCCUGUUUGAUAGUGUUCGUGUCUGUUUUAAGACACACGUGUAAUGUUCUGCUUUACAGACACUUCUGUUAUUGUCCAGAUCUGUUUUCGACACACCUGUUAUUAUUUAUGUCUGUUUUGACACACCUAUUAUUGUUCAUGUCUGUUUUGACACGCCUGUUAUUGUUCAUGUCUGUUUUCCACACACCUGAUAUUGUUCAUGUCUGUUUUCCACACACCUGAUAUUGUUCAUGUCUGUUUUCCACACACCUGUUAUUGUUCAUGUCUGUUUUGAAACACCUGUUAUUGUUCAUGUCCAUUUAACUUUACACUUCUUAUAAUGUUCAUGUCUGUUUUACAAACACUUCUGUUUUUGUUGUUUGAUGUUUCAGCACUUAUAUGUUUCAUAUAUGUGUAUUAAUUACCAAGAAUUCUGGAUUUUCCAUUCGAUAACUACUACCCACAGAAGUUAUUAACCAAGUUGGUCAGACUAUCUGUAGACUACAUAAUGAGCAACCAGUAUAAGCACUAGACAGGUGUAAAUGCUAAUAUUCAAACAUAUGAUAUAUGUUUCAUGUGUAACAAAAUUGUUGACAUAUUAAAAAAAGGUAUGUAUUUUUGUAUGUAUUACAAUGUUGAUGGCAUGUUAAAAAAGGGUAUAUGUAUUUUUGUAUGUAUUACAGUGUUGUUGGCAUGUUAAGAAGAAGGUAUGUGUAUUUUUGUAUGUAUGACAGUGUUGAUGGCAUGUUAAAAAAACCUAUAAUUUUGUACGUACUUUGUACAUUAUAACAAAAGAUGUUAAAGAAGGUGAGUGUAUUUUGUUUGUCCAACAACGUUGGUAUACACAUGUAUAUGGAAUGUGUGUGGUAUAAAUAUGGCUUAUAUGUUUUGCAGUGUGGAAUUGUGGAUAGGUUUUCCAUCAUGGUGAGCUGUGACAACGUUUUCUAUCACGAGGUUUGAAGGUUUUCCAUCAUGAUGAGUUGUGACAAGGUUUUCUAUCACAAUGUAGAGUGACAAGGUUUUUCUAUCACAAUGAAGUGUGACAAGGUUUUCUAUCACAAGGAGGUGCGACACGGUAUUCUGUAAUGAUGAGGUGCGACAAGGUUUUCUGUCAUAAUGAAGAGUGACAAGUUUUUCUAUCACAGUGAAGUGCGACAUUUUCUAUACCAACCAGGUGCGACACAGUUUUCUGUAAUGAUGAGGUGCGACAAGGUUUUCUAUCACAGUGUAGAAUGACAAGGUUUUUCUAUGACUAUGAAGUCAUACAAGGUUUUGUAUCUCAAGGAGGUGUGAUAUGGUUUUCUGUAACGAUGAGGUGUGACAAGGUUUUCUAUCACAAUGUAGAGUGACAAGGUUUUUUAAUGACUAUGAAGUGUGACAAGGUUUUCUGUCACAAGGAGGUGCAACACGGUUUUCUGUAAUGAUGAGGUGCGACAAGGUUUUCUAUCAUAAUGAAGAGUGACAAGUUUUUCUAUCACAGUGAAGUGCAACAACGUUUUCUAUAACAACCAGGUGCGACACAGUUUUCUGUAACGAUGAGGUGCGAUAAGGUUUUCUGUUACAGUGAAGAGUGACAAGGUUUUCUAUCACAGUGAAGUGUGACAACGUUUUCUAUAACAAUCAGGUGCGACACAGUUUUCUGUAACGAUGAGGUGUGACAAGGUUUUCUAUCACAGUGAAGAGUGACAAGGUUUUCUAUCACAGUGAAGUGUGACAACGUUUUCGAUAACAACCAGGUGUGACACAGUUUUUAUAACGAUGAGGUGCAACAAGGUUUUCUAUCAUAAUGAAGAGUGACAAGGUUUUCUAUGACAGUGAAGUGCGACGUUUUCUAUUACAACCAGGUGCAACACGGUUUCCGGUAACGAUGAGG